CUGAAGAAGCAACCGGCCCGUUACCUCAAGAACCUACCUCUCUCUCUCUCUCUCUCUCAACUAAGUCGAGAGUGUCACUUUGCAUAUUUCUCCUUCAUCAAUUACUUGAGAUCCAGUUGUGCCCAAGGGGCCAGCAAGAGAAACGAAGGGAUCUCGAAGUUCAUUUCCCUGCCCGAACGAUGAGAACAGGUGAAAACAGGAAAGCAAACUCAUGCGUCUUCAAGGACUUUUACUUAGAAUGGCUCCAGGACCUCAAAGCCCUCCUUCCUCUGCUACAGCAGGCCAUAGAUUCUGCUGUAAAACUUCUCAACUUUGAGGUACCAGUCACACACACUCGCUUCAAAGCAAUGACAUCGUCACCAACCGAAGCACUCACAACACAUGUCCAAAUGCUUCAUCAACACUUCCAGGCCUACUUCAAUGCCCUUGACCAUGCUGCCCAGCAGGAUGUCACCCAGGUUCUCUGCCCUGAGUGGCAUAAUUCCAUUGAGACACCAUUUCUCUGGCUCGGAAGUUGGCACCCAGCUGUCUUUUCUAAUCUUCUCCGUGCAUUUAUAUCUAAAUAUAACAACAUGACCCAUGGUUCUGUCAGCUGCAUGAGCAGUUUCACACGAAGUGACCAAAAAAAGCAACAAUUUAGUUUUGCUUGGACUCAUCCUUCACCAGAACUCUUCGAGCACAUGGAACAGAUUGACCGGGGACUGCGGCUCAUGAUCCCAGCAAUCUUGUCACGGAUGAGGGAUGUGCAAAUCAGCUUUGUUGGACGCAUAGGGUGUGACUGGGUGACCAGUAUUAGCAGCAGCGGUGGAGAAGGAACUGUGCAGGAAAUGGUUACAGAUAUCGCUACAGAGAAGCUGGAGGAACUGACUAGCAUUUUCGUUGAUGCCAAUAGACAAAGGGGGAGCAUCCUGGCCGAGAUCAUUGGUGCACUAGACAUUUACCAAUCAGCUCUCUAUCUAGAAGGCCUGGCAAAGUUUAUCAUUGGGUUCAGAAGCCCAGAACUGGUUCAUGACAUGGAACACUCUAAGCUCCCUGUUUCCCCACAUUGACGGCAUACAUUCUUUUCAUUCUCCACUUCUUUUACGA